CAGCCCGGAAGUCUCGCGGCCCGAGCCUGGGGCCUGGGAGGGAACCCACGUGGGCUGGGUUUUGGGGUGCGCGGCUCCCGCAGCCAGCCGUAAACCCUGCCGGACCCAGCGCCAUGGGGAAGCUGCGCCGGCGCUACAACGUCAAGGGGCGCCAGCAGGCGACCCCCGGCCCCUCGAAGGGCCCCCCGGAACCGCCCCCCGUCCUGCUGGAACUAGAGGAUCAGGGCACGCUGAAAGGAGUUGACGCAAGCAAUGCGCUGGUUUUGCCGGGAAAGAAGAAAAAGAAGCCCAAGGCCCCUCCCCUGGCGAAGAAGGAGAAGAAGCCUCUGACCAAGAAAGAGCGGAAAAUGCUGCAGAAGAUCUUAGAUCAGAAGGAGAAAAAGAGCCAGCGAGCGGAGAUGCUGCAGAAAUUGAGUGAAGUCCAGGUCUCAGAAGCCGAGCUGAGACUCUUUUACACCACGUCCAAGCUGGGCACUGGGAACCGCAUGUACCACACCAAAGAGAGGUCUGACGAGAUCGAAGCCCAGGGGCAGAAGAUCAGCAGCCUCAGCGGGGCCCAUCGGAAGCGCCCCCGCAAGGAGGCAGAAGAUGAGUCAUCCGAGUCCUCGGUGGAGUCUGAGCCUGGUGAGGCCCCUGCCGCCGAGCCCGUGGAGGAGGCUGGUGCGGGGCCGCCGCCAGCUCCACCGGGGGCAGGGGCCGGGGGCCCCGGCUCCAGCGGCCAGCCCUCUCUGGCCGCGACGUCGUCGGUACCUCCCGCAGCAGCCCCCACCGUGGCCAGGCCCCCAGCGAAGCCCGCCGUCUUCAUCCCUGUGGACCGCUCCCCCGAAGUGCAGGAAGAACGGCUAAAGCUCCCAAUUCUUGCUGAAGAGCAAGUGAUCAUGGAGGCGGUGGCCGAGCACCCCAUCGUCAUCGUGUGUGGUGAGACCGGCAGCGGGAAGACCACGCAGGUGCCACAGUUUCUCUACGAAGCAGGCUACACCAGCGACGACAGCAUCAUUGGCAUCACAGAGCCCCGCCGCGUGGCUGCUGUGGCCAUGUCCCAGCGGGUGGCCAAGGAGAUGAAUCUGUCACAGCGGGUCGUCUCCUAUCAAAUCCGAUAUGAGGGAAAUGUGACCGAAGAGACCAGGAUCAAGUUCAUGACAGAUGGCGUGUUGCUCAAGGAGAUCCAGAAGGACUUCCUGCUGCGGAGGUACAAGGUGGUGCUCAUUGACGAAGCCCACGAGAGGAGCGUGUACACGGACAUCCUCAUCGGCCUCCUGUCCCGCAUCGUGUCUCUCCGGGCGAAGAGGCACCUGCCGCUGAAGCUGGUCAUCAUGUCGGCCACGCUGCGGGUGGAGGACUUCACGCAGAACCAGCGGCUCUUCGCCCGGCCGCCCCCGGUCAUCAAGGUGGAGUCCAGGCAGUACCCGGUGACGGUGCAUUUCAACAAGCGGACGCCGCUGGAAGACUACAGUGGCGAGUGCUUCCGGAAGGUCUGCAAAAUCCACCGCAUGCUCCCGCCAGGGGGCAUCCUGGUGUUCCUGACGGGGCAGGCAGAGGUGCACGCACUGUGCCGCAGGCUGAGGAGAGCCUUCCCGCACGCCAGACGCAGGCCUCCAGAAAAGGAAGAUCAGGAAGAUUCAGUAGAGGAAGUGCGGAAGUUUAAGAAGUCGAGGACAAGAGCGAGGAAGGCCCGGGCAGCGACGUUGCCGCAGAUCAGUCUGGACAGCUACUCGGUGUUGCCUGCAGGCGAAGGCGACGAGGACAGGGAGGCGGAAAUGGACGAGGAGGAGGAGGAGGAGGCCCUGGGCUCCGACCUUGACCUGGACUUGGGGGACGACGGGGCAGACGGAGGUGCACAGCCGGAUGCGUCACUGCCCCUCCACGUGCUCCCGCUCUACUCCCUGCUGGCCCCGGAGAAGCAGGCGCAGGUCUUCCAGCCUCCCCCGGAAGGGACACGGCUGUGCGUCGUGGCCACCAACGUGGCCGAGACGUCCCUCACCAUCCCGGGCAUCAAGUACGUGGUGGACUGUGGGAAAGUGAAGAGGCGUCACUAUGACCGCGUCACUGGCGUGUCCUCCUUCCGAGUCACCUGGGUGUCACAGGCCUCAGCCGACCAGCGGGCGGGCCGAGCGGGCCGGACAGAGCCAGGCCACUGCUACAGGCUCUAUUCAUCUGCGGUUUUCGGUGACUUUGAGCCAUUUCCUCCUCCUGAAAUCACCCGGAGGCCGGUUGAAGACUUGAUCCUUCAGAUGAAAGCACUCAACAUUGAAAAGGUCAUCAACUUCCCCUUUCCAACCCCUCCCUCCGCGGAGGCCCUCGUCGCCGCCGAGGAGCUGCUGGUGGCGCUGGGUGCCCUGCAGGCGCCCCAGAAGACAGAAAGGGUGAAGCAGCUGCAGAGGUCCCGGCUGAGCUGCCCCAUCACCGCGCUGGGCAGGACCAUGGCCACGUUCCCCGUGGCGCCCCGCUACGCCAAGAUGCUGGCGCUGAGCAGACAACACGGCUGCCUGCCCUACGCCAUCACCCUCGUGGCUGCCAUGACGGUCCGGGAGCUGUUCGAGGAGCUGGACAGACCGGCCACCAGUGACGAGGAGCUCGCCAGGCUGAAGGGCAAGCGGGCCCGGGUGGCCCAGAUGAAAAGGAUCUGGGCCGGGCAGGGCGCCUCUCUCCAGCUCGGGGACAUCAUGGUGCUGCUGGGUGCCGUGGGAGCCUGUGAGUACUCCGGCUGCUCGCCCCAGUUCUGCGAGGCCAACGGGCUUCGGUACAAGGCCAUGAUGGAGAUCCGGCGCCUGCGGGGCCAGCUGACCACCGCAGUCAAUACCGUGUGCCCCGAGGCCGGGCUCUUCGUGGACCCCAAGAUGCAGCCACCUUCCGAGAGCCAGGUGACCUACCUGCGGCAGAUCGUGGUGGCCGGCCUGGGCGACCACCUGGCCCGCAGGGUCCAGAGCGAGGACCUGCCGGACGACAAGUGGAAGAACGCCUACAAGACGCCUCUCCUCGAUGACCCCGUCUUCAUCCACCCCAGUUCCGUCCUUUUCAGAGAGCUCCCUGAAUUUGUGGUCUACCAGGAAAUCGUGGAGACGACCAAGAUGUACAUGAAAGGCGUCUCGGCCGUGGAGGUCCAGUGGAUCCCAGCCCUGCUGCCUUCCUACUGCCAGUUCGACAAGCCCCUGAAGACGCCGCCCCCUGCCUACUGCCCCGAGAAGGGGCGGGUCCAGUGUCACCGGACCAGCGUGUUCUACCGUGUCGGCUGGCCGCUCCCCGCGGUCCAGGUGGAUUUUCCGGAGGGCAUUGACUGCUACAAGCACUUCGCCCGGUUUCUGCUGGAAGGGCAGGUCUUCCCUCAGCUGGCCUCACGCCGGGGCUGUUUGCUGUCCAGUCCUGGAACGAUGCUAAAGACGUGGGCCAGGCUGCAGCCCAGGACAGAGAGCCUCCUGAGAGCCCUUGCUGCCGAGCGCGCCAGCUGCCGAGACGCCUUGCUCGCCGCUUGGAAGAAAAACCCCAAAUACCUGCUGACCGAAUACUGCCAGUGGCUCCCGCAGGCCAUGCACGCCGACGUCGAGAAGGCCUGGCCCCCUGCCUGCGACCACUGACCUGAGGCCUGGCUGCAAGGCCAAGCACUUGUCUGGAGACCCAGGAGGCUGGCAGUGGCCACCCUGAUACGCGGGCUGCUCCCAGGAGGCGGGCCGAGCCCCCAGGAACCCUCUCUCCUCUCGGACACGGGACGUCUGGACACAGCUCGCUGCUGUCCUGGGCAGUCUGACGUGGGCGGCUUCUUAGAACUGUUUAUUCCGUAGGGGGUAAUGGUGUCUUCUCACACGCUGCUCUGUGGACUACGUUAGUCCCUUGUGGGGCGGCAGCCUGGAGGGCGGAGCGGCGGGGAGCGGGAGGGUGCGUGCGGGCCCUUCCCAGCGGGCUGGGCGCUCCCUUGCCGGGUUUGGUGCUGUAAUAAAUCUCAGCCGUGAGAACAAC